UUUUGGUCGGAACCGCAUCCCUGUCAUAGUCAUACAUUGAAUCGACCAGUCACCACUCCCCAGCCUAACCAGACUGCCAUCCACCCAAACAUCGAUAUUCGCAUUUCAGUCUUGUAUCCCCUCACAUCAUGUCAACGGUCGUCACCCCACCCCAAGUCCAAACUCAGCAUGCUGCUCGUGGAGGCAGAGGAGCAAAACGUGGCAAUGGGAACCGCAAUCGCGCGGGUCGCGGACGUGGAGGUGCCAACACAUCCAGUGCACCCGCUGGUGCAACACCUCCGAGCGACGGGCAAGUGGAUACCGCUAGCAAGCCCGCUGCAACGGCAGACGUGCAGGACGACGACGAGAUCUGCUUCAUCUGCGCAGAUCCCGUGAAAUAUUGGGCUGUAUCGAACUGCAAUCAUCGCACAUGCCACGUGUGCUCUCUGCGGCUGCGUGCCUUGUACAAGAAGAAUGAGUGCACGUUUUGUAAGGAGCCACAACCGUCUAUCGUCUACACGACAUCUCCCGACGCUUCUUACGGCUCCUUUGAAUUGGAGAACAUGAUGUUCAAAGACGCGAAGCUCGCGAUCUACUUUGAGACACAGGAGAUGAUGGAGGAAACGCUGCUGCUCCUCAGAUUCAAUUGCCCAGACACCGACUGUGACUUCAUUGGAAACAGCUGGAGUGACGUGAAGCUACACGUCCGAGCAACUCACGGACGACUCAUGUGCGACCUUUGCAUCCGACACAAGAAGGUUUUCGCACAUGAACACGCUUUGUACCCACCGAACAUCCUUCCGCUCCAUUUGCCGUCUGCUUCCCGCCAUCGGAACGGAAAGUCGAAGGACAAGGAGACCGAGAAAGAUAUCGAGGGCGGAAUCCAUCCUCUCUGCGAAUUCUGCCGCGAAUGUUUCUUCAGCAGCGACGAGCUGUAUCCCCACAUGCGCGAGACCCACGAAGAAUGUUUCGUUUGUAAGCGGAAUGGCGUGCGUGACCAGUACUUCCUCAACUACCCAGCGCUUGAAACGCAUUUUGGUGAUGCACACUAUCCAUGCACACAUGCAACCUGUCAAGCUCAGAAGUUUGUCGUCUUUGGUUCAGAACUCGAUCUAAAAGCCCAUUCGGUCGAGGAGCACGGUGGCGAGAUGGACAAAGGCGGAAGGCGGGAUGCGCGGAGGGUGGAACCUACCUGGGACGGGGUGGCUGGAGGUGGUCGACAUGGUCACGGCAGGAAUAGAGAACAUGCAAGAGAUCCACCACCUGCUGCACCACCACAGAGACCUCCAGGAGCGGGUCGACGUAGAGAGGGUUUCGGUGCUACUCUUACCGUCGAGGGGGAGAGUACGCCUGCUCCGAGUCCGACCCCGACGCCACCACCGCCUUCCCGAAGUGACGUGGAUCCCGCUACUGCGGAACGUCAUGCCUCUUUCCUGGCGCGCAUGGCUCAGUUUGCACCGAAUGCGACUACUGCUGUUCCCGCUGCUCGCGCGGCCAUCCGGUCUUUCCGUGCCAAUGAAUCGUCCGCGAGAGAUCUUAUCUCGACUUUUUGGAGCAUCCUCGACGCAAAACGAGAAGCAACCACUAGUGUUGUGAAUGGGCUGGUGGACCUACUAGACGAUGACGAGCAGAGGGAAGCGGUGCUGGCUGCGUGGCGGGCGUUUGACAUCGAGCAACGUCAACAGUUUCCUGACUUGGCGGUGCCCACCGCUGUCGGUUCUGGCUAUUCUGGCAUCGCUAGCGGGCGAGUUUUGAAUGCGAAACAUGCAACCGCUGGCCGAACGGGAAGAUCCCAAGUCUGGGACCGCGUUGCUCAGGCUGCAGGCUCGUCGUCCUCUGCGAACACGAAAUCUUCUGCGCCGCCUUUCCCGGUGCUCGGUGCUGGGCCUGCCCGUCGUUUCGUCCCUGGAGCUGCUAGUCGCUCGACGCCUUGGUCAACCGGCGGUCAAUCGGUCCCUACGGGAUAUGCAGCAUCGUCAUCCUUUGUGCCCCUCACUAUGCAGGCCCCAGCGCCGACAAUCGCGCCGUUCUCUCGCACCAUGAAUACCGGCAAGUCUGGCCCGGCACCAAAACUAUCUAACGCGCUGUUUCCUGAGUUGCCACCGAGCGCCGGUGCACGCCAGAAAGUCAGCGUUCGGGGCAAUCAGUCACUGAAGAACAUUGCCGGAGGAAGCAGUGCGCCGGCUGCUUCUGUAUGGGGAGCGGGCGUUACUGCCGAGGAAACGGCAUUCGCAAGUACGGAAGUUCCUGGGUCGGAGGGAAGCGUGAACGGGAAUGCAAAGAAGAAGGGUAAGGGUAAGGGUAAGCAGACGCUGUUCACGCUCGGUUCGUUUCCGUCGUGAUAAGCGGGUCACGAGUCACCUGAUUCACAUUAACCGACGACUGGAUCCCGGCAUAAGGCCCCACUCUACGCACCUUGCUCGCAUUGGGCACACAUUCACAAGCUCACCGAUGUACUCUACCCAUUGAGCAGUGUACACGUUGAAGCAUUAGAACACGAAAACCAUUGCAAGGAAACGAGACUGAUAACAGAGUCCGAGGUGGGCGUCGCCGGCGGGAGGGUUCUUUCGUGAAAGCUGAGGUGAUCAAGUGCGAUGAUGUCCUCCGUCAGAAGCUGGUUCGUACAGGUUAUUAAUAUUCUCCUCGAGACGAAACACAGGUCCAGGUAUCUGUUUUGAGAAGGGUGUUGCGAUACGGACUCGGGUCCGAUAGGCUGAUGCCUACACAGGUCGGUGCUGACAAGAGGGUGUCGUUUAGAACGUGGCCCGGGGGAAGCCGGUCACUACGCACAGCGAUGGGCUCACCGUAGAUCCUCCUCUGCCUCCAGAAGAACUAGAUCGAAGCAGCGACUAUCAGAUGAGCGAUUCUUGAACUUUUCACUCCUAUAGUGGACGAUGCAGUGUUCUGUCGCAAAAUACAUCGAAUGGGCAAGGAGAAUGUUUCUCGUGAGUUUCUUAGACAUCGUCUCUGCGAAAGACCCACAGCACGGGCGGAGGCCUUGUGAAGCCCGAACGUUCAGUAUUGACAUGUUCCAUCUUUAGUGAUUCAAAAUCGCGUUCGAUAAUGAUGACAGGAGAUCUGUGCGAUUCAAAAUCAUGAGCGACCAGCGUAGGGAUCAUCUGGGUGUCUAGCUCUGGCAGGAUAUGGAGCUGCUCACUAACCCUGUGAGUGAAAUGAACCUGUAUUCGAGUUGUCUCCAAACGAUACAUGUCCCACGGCUCACUCGCACUCGAUGGAAAUUCUAAAUUUACCCGAGUCCGCAGUCCGUUU